ACCCAAAAGCUGUGGACACGAGCGAAGGCGGGGGUGGGGGGGCUCGUCUCUUAUCCUCGCCAAAACGUGAGGCAGCGGACGAGAGUGGACGGCCGAUGUCUUCCAUCAACACCUCCGCAACCAAUUUAACCCGCAUCAGCUCACCUCGCGAGGCCGUCGACUCCGCUCGCCUAAGAAGGGGCCAUGGCUAGGCUGGUGGCGAUGCAACCAAGGCAGGCCUCUCCUUGGGCCUCCUCAUCCUCCCCGCUCCUCCCCUCGUCUCUCUCUGAGUUCAGCGGGGCGGCCCUCAGCAUCUCACUCCAAAAGAGGAGGAGAACAUGGCAGCCAAAGGGUGCUCUGCAGGUCACUGCAUCAGGUGCCAAGAAGAUCCUCAUCAUGGGAGGCACCAGAUUCAUUGGAGUGUUCUUGUCCAGACUCCUUGUAAAAGAGGGCCACCAGGUGACGUUGUUUACUCGGGGGAAGGCACCCAUCACCCAGCAGCUGCCUGGUGAGUCAGAUCAGGACUAUGAGGAUUUCAAAUCCAAGAUCUUGCAUCUGAAAGGGGACAGAAAGGACUUUGAAUUCGUGAAGACGAGCCUUGCAGCUAAGGGCUUUGAUGUCAUUUAUGACAUUAAUGGUCGUGAAGCUGUUGAGGUUGAGCCUAUAUUGGAUGCACUGCCAAAACUAGAGCAGUUCAUAUAUUGCUCAUCUGCUGGAGUUUAUCUUAAAUCUGAUUUGUUGCCACAUUUUGAGACUGAUGCAGUUGACCCAAAGAGCAGGCACAAAGGGAAGCUUGAAACAGAGAGUUUGCUGGAUUCCAGGGGUGUAAACUGGACUUCCAUACGGCCAGUCUACAUAUAUGGACCCUUGAAUUACAACCCCGUGGAAGAAUGGUUCUUCCAUCGUUUGAAGGCUGGAAGGCCAAUUCCAGUCCCCAAUUCUGGGGUUCAAAUCACCCAGCUUGGACAUGUUAAGGAUCUGGCACGGGCAUUUGUCACGGUUCUCGGCAAUUCAAAAGCAAGCAAGCAAGUCUACAACAUCUCAGGAUCUAAAUAUGUAACCUUUGAUGGGUUAGCAAGGGCAUGUGCUAAGGGUGCUGGGUUUCCCGAGCCAGAGAUUGUUCACUAUAACCCCAAGGAAUUUGAUUUUGGAAAAAAGAAAGCUUUUCCAUUUCGCGAUCAGCAUUUCUUUGCAUCAAUUGAGAAGGCACAAAGAGAACUCGGCUGGGCACCGGAGUUUGGCUUGGUAGAGGGUCUUGCAGAUUCAUACAACCUGGACUUUGGUCGAGGGACUUUUCGGAAACCUGCGGACUUCACCACCGACGACAUGAUUCUUGGCAAGUCACUCGUCCUGCAAAGCUGAAUUACUUUUCCUCAAGGAGACGAACUGUGAAGCAAGUUCGUCCGAAGCCUGCCUUCAUCGUGCCCAGCUCGUGCCAAACUAUUUUCUUAAUUUUUAGUAAUAUAUUGCAACUUAAAAUGAAAUCAUAGCGUGUCUCAUUUUCUUUA